UGUGACGUAGCAGAGUAAAACAUGCCGGCUGAGUGAGUUGAAUGCACGUGUGUUUGUAUUUUUUAUAUUCAAGGUUAUAGCUUACUGAACGAGGCAGUAUGUAGCACUACAUUUCAUACACGAGUAUUUACACUGUCGGCAACAAUGCAGAGAUUUUUGCAAGUUUCGUUAAAGCAAUUUGCUGCUGUUAAUUGCUCGCGUCACAUGUCUGUUUCUCUCGGACAACUGCAUAGUGGAAUAAAAGGCGAUGAGUCGUUUAAAUUGUUUAUUUCCAACUUGACUGCGUUCAGAAGGAAAACGGGAGGAUCUGUGGCAUCGCUUAUCGGACGAAUAUCAGCGUCUAGAUUGUACACCACUGAACACAUUACAGGUGAAGCGACAUUUGGCCGGAGGAAAAAUCGAACCUCAUCCCAUUACGCAUCGGUGGAGCCAGAAAAAGAAGAACAUUUUGUUUUUAUCGACUACACAACACCGGACGAUUCCAACGAAAAUCUGAUUCUAAACCAUAACGUGCUCCAGCCCGAGGAUGUCACGAGGACCAAAGAGAAGAUCCAGAGGAAGACAAGUGAUGCGGUGAAUCACCGGGCCUUGGAAUUGCAGCUCAAGUCUUUAGAAGGCGCGGUAGCAGCUGAGGGCGACCCAGAUUCCUGCAUUGAGUUUCAGGACACAGGGUUCCCAGAAAUUCCGACGAAGACAAGGACUAGUAAGAAACGCAAAAAGAGCCAAAAAGUGUAUGGCACUCCGGACCCCGAUGUUCCUGUCAGUGAUUCUUGUUGCACGGGGUGUGGUGCGGUAAUGCACUGUACUGUUCCAGAUUUGCCCGGCUAUCUACCAAGUGAGAAAUACAAAAUAUUAACAGAAAAUAACCAAUUGAACAAGGCCAUAUGCCAACGUUGCCACUUGCUCACACACCAUCAAAAGGCACUAAACGUCCAGAUGUCCAAAGAGGAGUACAGACAUAUAGUCAGCAAUAUACGAAAGGAGAAAGCUUUGGUGUUACUGAUUUUGGACCUCUUGGACAUCCCCGACUCCAUCAUCCCAGACUUGUUAGACCUGGUAGGGAAAAAUAAGCACAUCGUGGUGCUUGGCAACAAAAUUGACUUGUUGCCAGGAGACUCUGUUGGCUAUUUAAAACGGAUCAAGGAGCGGAUUCUACAGUAUUGCACUGAAGUGGGGAUUCUGGUUGAUGACAAUAUUAAAGGUGUCCACCUCAUAAGUGCCAAAACAGGCUAUGGGAUUGAAAAACUAAUUUCGAGUCUGCAGAGCUCCUGGAAAUACAAAGGGGAUGUAUACCUGGUGGGAACUACGAAUGCUGGGAAAUCUACGCUGUUUAACACUUUUCUGGAGUCAGACUAUUGCAAAUCCAAAGCCUCCGACUUAAUCCGCAAAGCUACCAUUUCCCCAUUUCCAGGUACAACGCUGAACCUCCUGAAGUUCCCCAUCAUAAAUCCUACUCCAUACCGUAUAUACAAGAGGUUGGAGCGGUUGAAGAGUGACUCGGCUCAGACAGAGGCAGACCUAAGCCCACAGGAGCAGCAAACACUGCUGCAGCUGAGCAAGCAGGGUUAUUUAGUCGGUCGCAUCGGGAGAACAUUCCGGUCAAACACUCAGGCGCUGAGAGUCCGUCGCACGGUGGAGUUUGACCAUGAGAGCCUCAGCAUUGGAGAGGAAGAUAAAGAACAAAGCUUUCCCAGUGAGGCUUCUGUCCCAGAGGAGUUCACUCACAAUGAGCUGAAAGACGCCCGCUGGCUGCAUGACACACCAGGCAUCAUGAAAGAGCAGGACGUCCUCAGUCUGCUGACUGAACAGGAGCUGAAGAUGGUGGUGCCUACCCAUGCCAUCAUACCCAGGACUUUUGUGGUGAAACCUGGGGGGGUGAUGUUCUUGGGGGCUCUGGCACGAAUCGACUACUUGGAGGGGGAGAACUCCUGCUGGUUCUCGGUUAUUGCUUCCAAUCUGCUCCCAGUUCACAUGACCAGUUUGGAAAAAGCUGAUGCCAUCUAUCAGAAGCAUGCUGGGAAAACUCUGCUUGGGGUACCCACAGGAGGAGAGGAGCGAAUGAGAGGUUUCCCACCUCUUGUUCCCCAGGAUUUGGAGCUGAAGGGCCAGGGCUACCCUCAGGCUACGGCCGACAUCAAGCUCUUCUCUGUGGGUUGGGUGACAGUGACAGGUCACCUUGGAGACCGGUUCCUCCUCAGGGCACAUGUUCCUGAGGGGGUGGGAAUCCGUGUGCGGGACCCCCCACUGCUCCCGUACAUUGUCAACCUGAAGGGGGAGCGCUUGGGCAAGAGUCCUGCCUACAGGACCAAAAAGCCUCUGGGUCUGCUGGAACGUAGCCUGUCUGCGAAAGGGGCGCAGAAACUGAAAGUGAAGAAGAAGGUGUCAUGACCACCGAAUAAAUAAUGAAAAAGUGCA